AUCGAGGUGACAGAUAGCUUUCUCAUCUCUUUCAAAUCCCAAGAUAUAAAUACUUCUUCUUCUUCUUCUCCCUUUUCUUGCCUCCUUCAUAUCCUUCUCUUGCUUCGAGGAAAAUCAUCUUCGCCUCUGAUAGGUUAAAAUGGGAAUCGAGUUAAAAGCAUUUGGGUUUUCUCUGUUCGUGCUAUCCCUGCUGUUCUCUUCUGGCUGUUCUGCGGAUGACCAAGGACUGCUUAGAAUUGGGCUGAAAAAGCUGAAAUUGGAUCCAAACAAUCGGAUUGCAUCCCAGCUCAGCUCUAAGGAUGGAGAGGCUUUGAGGGCUGCAAAGGAAUACCGUUUCCGUAAUGGACUUGGGGAUGAGGGAGAUGUUGAUAUCGUUGCACUCAAAAACUACUUGGAUGCUCAGUACUAUGGUGAGGUUGCCAUUGGUACUCCUCCCCAGAAAUUCACCGUGAUUUUUGACACUGGAAGCUCUAACCUCUGGGUGCCAUCAGCCAAAUGUUAUUUUUCGGUUGCAUGCUUCUUCCAUGCUAAGUACAAGUCAAGCCAGUCAGCUACAUACAAGAAGAAUGGAAAGCCUGCUGCAAUUCGUUAUGGUACUGGAAGUAUAUCUGGGUUCUUUAGUUAUGACAAUGUCAAAGUUGGUGAUCUUGUUGUGAACAAUCAGGAAUUUAUUGAAGCAACUAGGGAGCCUAGUAUUACAUUCUUGGUGGCAAAGUUUGAUGGUAUUCUUGGACUUGGGUUCCAAGAGAUUUCAGUUGGGAAUGCAACUCCAGUCUGGUACAACAUGAUUAACCAAGGUCUUAUCAAGGACCCGGUAUUUUCAUUUUGGUUAAACCGCAAUCCAGCGGAAGAAGAAGGAGGUCAAAUUGUAUUUGGGGGAGUUGAUCCAAAUCACUACAAGGGCAAGCACACAUAUGUUCCUAUAACACAGAAAGGUUAUUGGCAGUUUGACAUGGGUGAUGUUCUCAUUGGUGGUAAAGCAACUGGAUAUUGUGCGAGUGGAUGUUCAGCAAUUGCAGAUUCUGGAACUUCUUUGAUAGCAGGUCCUACGACUCCGAUUUCCAUGAUAAAUCAAGCUAUUGGAGCCGCUGGUGUUGUUAGCCAGCAAUGCAAGGCUCUUGUUGAACUGUAUGGCCAAACCAUAGUAGAUUUACUCUUAUUCGAGUAAUGAAUUUCAACUUUACGUGAAUACCUUUUUAGUAUGGGCAUUGAGAGUGUGGUGGAUGAGAACAAUGGAAAAUCAUCUGGUGGUCUCCGUGAUGGUAUGUGCUCUGCUUGUGAAAUGGCAGUUGUGUGGAUGCAGAAUCAGUUGAGGCAGAAUCAAACUAUGGACCGUAUAUUGGAAUAUGCCAAUCAGCUUUGUGAUCGCAUGCCAAGCCCAAUGGGUGAGUCGGCUGUUGACUGUGGAAAACUGUCUUCCAUGCCAAUUGUUUCCUUCACUAUUGGUGGCAAAGUUUUUGACCUUACCCCACAAGAGUACAUUCUCAAAGUGGGAGAAGGUUCUUCAGCUCAGUGCAUUAGUGGCUUUGCUGCUUUGGAUAUUCCUCCACCUCGAGGGCCUCUUUGGAUCUUGGGAGAUAUCUUCAUGGGUCGCUACCAUACCGUCUUUGACAGUGGCAACAUGAGAGUUGGUUUUGCAGAAGCAGCAUGAAGUAUGUAACUCAGAUUGGUUGCUCUCUUUUUAAUAUUUAUCAUUUUCCAUCUUGUGUGUACCUCUCAACAAUCAUACUUUGGCAGAUUAUCAAGGGACUAGUUUAAACUCAAAAUAAUUAUGUACUGCUGUAAAUAUUUUCGACUGUGCUCUUGAAUCAAAAUUAGAGUUUACAAUCAAGAAGUAGUUUGUCCUUUAAGAGUCUGUAUUUGUGUAAGUUGGUGAAGAAUUAAGUUACCGUUACUUGUGACAGAUUUGAUUCUCAUACGAAGUUGGAUUUUGGUUUAUGAACCAAAGAAGAUAGAUUCUUAUAUUA